AUGAUUAAGUUCACUAAUAGGAACUUAAUUAGUGGCUUGCGAACGGCGACUCUCGCAAAGUCACGUCAUUUGACUGUAAAGACAGCCAUGACGAGAAAGUUUAGUUUGUCGUGCAGGGCCCAAAACAAAACAACUCUUACCGAAGAAGAGAAAGAGUUACUAAUUGAACCAAGGGCGCGCGACUAUGUGGAUGUUUGUAUUGUUGGAGGAGGACCUGCGGGAUUGGCAACAGCAAUCAAACUGAAACAAUUAGACAAUUCGUCAGGAACAGGUCAGCUACGGGUUGUUGUUCUUGAAAAAUCCAGUGUACUGGGUGGACAAACUGUUUCCGGUGCCAUAUUAGAACCAGGUGUGUGGAACGAAUUAUUCCCUGACGAAAAUUUCGGUACUGGCAUUCCGUUGCCAAAGGAGUUAGCUACGCUGGUGACUAAAGAGCAUUUGAAAUUUUUAAAGGGGAACUGGGCCAUAAGCGUUCCAGAACCAUCCCAGAUGGUCAAUAAAGGACGUAACUACAUUGUCUCUUUGAACCAAGUCGUCGGAUAUUUGGGAGAAAAGGCAGAGGAAGUAGGGGUUGAAGUCUACCCUGGAAUAGCUGUCUCGGAUCUCAUAUAUGAUAAAAAUAAUGCCGUGAAGGGCGUAAUCACUAAAGAUGCUGGUAUUUCAAAAUCUGGCAAGCCUAAGGAAACCUUCGAACGUGGGAUGGAAUUUUGGGCGAGACAAACUGUGUUAGCAGAAGGCUGUCAUGGUUCCUUAACGAAACAAGCCUUAAAAAAAUAUGACUUAAGGAAAGGCAGACAGCACCAAACUUAUGGAUUAGGUAUUAAGGAAGUUUGGGAAGUCAAGCCGGAAAAUUUCAACAAGGGGUUUGCAGCUCAUACUAUGGGGUACCCGUUAACAAAUGACGUUUAUGGUGGUGGUUUCCAGUAUCAUUUCGGUGAUGGACUGGUCACUGUAGGCCUUGUCGUGGGGUUAGAUUACAAGAAUCCUUACGUUUCACCAUAUAAAGAGUUUCAAAAGAUGAAGCAUCAUCCAUACUACUCCAAAGUUUUAGAAGGCGGUAAGUGUAUUGCAUAUGCUGCAAGAGCUUUGAAUGAAGGUGGACUGCAAUCUGUACCAAAGUUAAACUUCCCUGGUGGUGUUUUGGUAGGGGCUAGUGCAGGUUUCAUGAAUGUUCCAAAGAUCAAGGGAACCCAUACUGCAAUGAAGAGUGGUUUACUUGCUGCAGAAAGUAUCUUCGAGUCCAUCAAAGAAUUACCUGUUUUAGAAGAAAUUGAAGACGAAGAUAUCAAAACGGAUAUCUUUGCUAAAGAGGAGACUAUUAACUUGGAAUCAUAUGAAAGUGCAUUUAAAAAAUCAUCUAUAUAUAAAGAAUUAUAUGAAGUGCGUAAUAUUAGACCGUCCUUCAGCGGGAGACUUGGUGGAUAUGGUGGUAUGAUUUACUCCGGCAUUGAUUCUUUGAUAUUGAAGGGAAAAGUUCCUUGGACACUAAAAUUUGAUGAAAAAAAUGACGGUGAAAUUUUGGAACCUGCUGCCGAGUACAAACCGAUAGAAUAUCCUAAGCCUGAUGGUAUAAUAUCAUUUGAUAUAUUGACCUCCGUGUCCAGAACCGGAACGUACCAUGGUGAUGAUGAACCAUGCCACUUGAGGGUUCCGGGACAAGACAUGGUAAAGUACGCCGAGAGAAGCUUUCCCGUUUGGAAAGGUGUUGAAUCUAGGUUUUGCCCAGCAGGUGUUUACGAGUUUGUCAACGAUGAAAAAUCUUCUGUGGGUACGAGGCUUCAAAUCAACUCACAAAAUUGUAUCCAUUGUAAGACUUGUGAUAUUAAGGCACCAAGACAAGAUAUUACUUGGGAAGUACCCGAAGGUGGAGACGGACCAAAAUACACACUGACUUAA